AGACAGACAACAUCUGAAACCAAAAGCGUCCAUUUUUGGAUCCCCUCAAAUUAAAGUUUUCAUUCCGCCGCUUAAUCAGUGUUCCUCAAAUAUACUAAUUGUGAUUUUGGAAUUUAUUUAUUUUAUCUAAUACAUCUAUCUCCUCAACAAUGGAUAUUUCAUCAGCUACAUGGUGGUCUGAAAUGGAUGUUAUGAAUAUGAACGAACUUCAAUACAUUGAUCAGACAUUUGAUGAUUUUGCAUUCUCGGAUAAUAUUCAAGUUUCUCAAAUUGGUGAAAUAUUUGAGGAGAAGCCAGCCUUGUGCAGUUCAAUUACCCAAAAUACUAGUACCUCUCCGCCUUGUUCGUCUCCCAGUGUUAUUUCUUUUUCCAACUCCAAUUCGCCAUCAGCCACUCCUACAACUACUAAUGCCCAAAACUACUUUAAAAAUUUGAAUACAUCGUCUCUUAAGACUGAGGUUCCAUCAGGAACUACUAUUAAUUUCUCCUCAUCAAAUACUUCUUCUGAUUCUGAUUACGAUGAUAGUAAGCAACUAUUCCAGGCCAUGGGAUUUGGUGCUGGUCAGUCGAAGAAGAUGAAUUAUAGUAGAACGCCUUUACAGGCUCAAGACCACGUUUUGGCUGAAAGAAAGAGAAGAGAACGACUCACUCAGUAUUUCGUAACUCUGUCCACCCUCAUCCCUAACCUAAAGAAGUUGGACAAGGCAUCAAUACUUGGAGAUGCGAUAACAUAUAUAAAACAACUUGAAGAACAAGUAAAAAGGCUAGACGAAGAAGCUAACAAGCAACCAGUUAAGAGAAGUCGGUUGCACUCAAAUUAUGAUAAUUUUUCAACUUGUAAUGAAAACUCCAACAAAUCAGUUGUUCCAGAAAUUGACGUUAGAGUUUCAGAUGGAAAUGUGUUGAUUAGAGUUUGUUGCAAAAAGCAAGCGGGAAUAAUAAAGGAAAUAUUCAGCCAAGUAGAAAUGUUUCAACUCACUAUUACUAGUAGCAGUGUCAUUCCAUUUGGUUAUGAUACAACACACAUAACUAUUGUUGCUCAGAUGGAUCAUCAGUUGAACAUGGCAACAGAACAAGUCGCGAACAACAUACGUUUGUCUAUAAUGAAGCUUAUCAAUAGCCAUAAAUAAGACAAUUGUCUAGUUGCAUAGAGAAGAACUUCAAGAUUUCAGAAGCUAAUUUUCAGCUAUUUAAAGGGCAGUGUUAAAUUUAGAUUUAAUGUAAGGGUGGAUUCCAUGACUUGGGUUUUGGGUAGAAGGUUUUCAUUAUUGUGGACUAGGGCUUUGUCUUUUGUUUCUUUUUUCGGGUCACAAAAGUUGGGAGUUGGGACCCGUUUGAUCACAAUAGCCCCAGUUUAUGCUUUUUACAAAUGAGGCUGGCUCCCUAUUUUUUGACAAGUCAUGGAGUUCCACUAACUAGUCAUUUUCUUGUUCUCCUUUGGGGGACUGCUAGCUACAGGCCAUGCAUGUUUGUUUGUUUUUGGGCUUUAAGUAACUAAUUUUUGGCCUUCUGUUGUAUACUACUACACAAUAGUUUUUGUUUAAUUAUGUUAAUGGUUGAUGGAGUAAUAAAUAGUACUACUACAUGAUUAGUGGAGUUAAUUUGUGGUA